AUGAAUUACUGCUAUUCAUGUGAUGAUGAGAAGUAUCCAAGCAAGCACCUAGAUAUCUGCAUUCCCAAGUGUGCUAACUUCUUUUCGUAUGAAGAACCUUUGGGCAUCAUUUUAACUACUUUCAUUAUUCUCAUCUGCUUGAUCACGGGUCUGGUGCUAGGAACCUUUCUGAAGCAUCACGAGACACCCAUCGUCAAAGCCAAUAACCGGCACCUCACCUACGCUCUCCUCGUCUCCCUCCUGCUCUGCUUCCUCUGCGCACUCCUCUUCAUCGGCCGGCCUAAAAAGGUAACGUGCCUCCUGCGACAAAUGGCUUUUGGCAUCAUCUUCUCCGUGGCCAUUUCUUGUGUGUUCACAAAGACGGUCAUGGUGGUUUUGGCUUUCAGAGCCACCAAACCAGGAUGCACGAUGAGGAAGUGGAUGGGGAAGAGACUAGCCAACACCGUUCUUCUUUACUGCUGCUUUAUUCAAGCAGCCAUCUGUGUUGUCUGGUUGGCAACUUCUCCUCCUUUUCCAGAUGUAGACAUGCAUUCCGUGGCUGAAGAAAUCAUCCUGGAAUGUAACGAGGGAUCCAUGACAAUGUUUUACUGUGUGCUGGGCUAUCUGGGCUUCCUGGCAAUGGUCAGCUUCAUGGUGGCUUUCCUUGCCCGGAAGCUGCCGGACACUUUCAAUGAGGCUAAGUUCAUCACUUUCAGCAUGUUGGUCUUUUGCAGUGUGUGGCUAUCCUUUGUGCCUUCCUACCUGAGCACUAAAGGAAAAUACCUGGUGACUGUGGAGAUCUUUUCUAUCUUAGCCUCCAGUUCUGGGCUGUUGUUUUUCAUCUUCUUCCCUAAAUGUUACAUCAUUGUGCUGAGACCUGAGCUGAACAAGAAGGAACAUCUAAUCAGGAGAACAGCUUGA